CAACACUUGAAGUCGGAUUAUUGACUGAUAAAUCUGAUAACAAAUGUGAUCCAGCUACCUGUGGUCGUCGGAUGUUUCUCGCAUCUCUUAUAAUAGCAUCGAAAUAUCUUCAAGAUCGUAAUUAUGCCAAUAGCGCUUGGUCAAAGAUAUCUGGUUUACCUGUGAAAGAUAUUAAUGCAAUCGAGAGACGUUUUCUUAUUCUUAUUAACUAUAAUCUUUUUAUAAAAGAUAGUACUUUUAAAACUUGGACAAAUUUUUUAAGUUCACGUAUUUGUUCUUCUGGAUCAGAAGUAAAGCAAAAAGUUGUUUUUAGUAAAGGCGAAGAUCAACAAUUUGUUGAAUGUCAAGC